AUGAAGUUCACCACUACCGUCGCUGCCGUCGCGGCUCUCGCUGUCUCAGCUCACGCUGCUACCACCACCUCCGAGACCGGUGCCUGGGAUGACUGGACCUCCUCCACCACCAGCACCACCACCAAGAAGACGACCACCACCACCGUCGCCACCACCUCUGCCACCGGUGUCUGGGACGACUGGACUACCACCACUACCACCACCACUACCAGCAGCGACCCCGCCUGGGCUGACUGGACCACCACCGCCAGCACCACUUCGGCCAAGACAACCACCACCACCACCAGCGGCGCCGUCGUCUGGGGUGACUGGACCACCACCUCUGCUCCUGCCAGCUGGACCACCAAGGUUGUCUCAACCAUCACCACGUAUGUGCCAGGCCCAACCAACAUUGUCCACGCGGGCAAAACCUACUCUUGCACCGGCGCCACUACCCUUACCAUCACUGAUUGCCCCUGCACCAUCUCCGUACCCGUCUGGACCAAGACCGCCACCUCUUGCAGCACCCCCGUUGCCGCUGUCACCACCUGGGGAACUUGGGGCACCCCAGUUGCUCCUGCCUCGACCAGCACCCCAGUUGCUCCAGUCUGGACCUACACCCCAUCGUCCUCUCUUCCAGUUGCCCCAGCCACCUACACUGGUGCUGCCAACGCCCUCAACGUUGGUGCUGGUCUUGCUGGUGUUGGUGCCAUCGCCGCUUUCCUCCUGUAA